AUGACUAGUCUAAUAUUAAAGUUACCUAAUCUAAUAUUAUCGCAAAUCAUAUCAGAUAUUGAUGAUAAUGCAGAUAUAGUAUGUUUGUUGUUGACCUGUAAAAAGUUGUAUCAUAAUAUCAGUAUUAGAAGAUCGAUUAAGUUUAAAGGAAUAGUACCUAUAACCGAAGAGGGAGAGAUAUCAAAGCAGUUUGAAUCAACAGCUACUCAAUUCAAACUCAACUCAUUUAAAGAUAUAUUGGAGAAUAGUAUAUCGAAUAGUCAGGUGAUAGUAGGAGGUGAAUACAAUGACUAUCCAGAAUGGAUACAACAACGUAUCACUCUAGACAGAGCUGAUAACAGUAGUAGUGGUGGUGGUAUUAAAACAGCAAUGGCAAUCAAUAAAUUAGCAUCACCACAGUUAUUCUACGACAUUCCAUCGAUCGAGACACUCAUCAUUGGCUGUCGCCGUAAUACAUUAGUGGAUUUUGAAUCCAUCUCUCUCUUGCCUCGUCUCGAACGACUUGAUAUUCGUGCAAUCGAAGCUAAUAUUGGUCCACACCCAACACUAAAGUCUCUCAAACUAGAUGUCGACAUAGAAUACAAUCUUGGUGACUUGGGGCUAACCAAGUUCGAGUCGCUGACCGAGCUCAAUUUCAGGAGAAGUUAUAUAACAGGGUACGGACCAGGUCUCUUGCCAAGCAGUCUGACAUCACUCACGAUAAGACCGACAGUAGUACCACCAAGAGAUACAUUCCUUUCGUUGACAUCGUUGGUGUACCUCAAGAUCGAUUUUGAUCUGGAUUUUGAUGAUGAAGAAGAAGAUGAUGUGAAAAAACCAUGUAUCGAUCUCGAGAGUCUAUCCAACCUCAAGAAACUCACUAUCAAAGGCCGCGGAAAUAGAGAUGAUGACUUCACUAUCUCGAUUAGUGUACCUCCUUCACUCAAGGUUCUUACCCUAUUCUGCAUGUGCGUACAAAUCCCACACCAAUGUACUAUGCCACAAUUGGAGGAAUUGUAUGUUCAAGGAUUCAUAUUGUUAGCUGAAAGAAUCCAACCGAGUCUGUCGUCAUAUCCAUCUCUCAAGAAACUCUUUAUAAAUGAUUGCUAUGAACCUCUUCCAACCAAUUUCCUCGUCCCAUCCAGUCUUGAAAAACUGACAAUCUUAAAAUACGAGGACACGGAUAUACUUGGACAAGUUGUAUUCCCACCAUCACUCACUCAUCUAACCAUCGUGGAAGGACCCCCCGAAUCUAUUGUCCACCAACUCCCAGAAUCACUCGUCAAGCUAAAGAUGACAUCUAGAGGGACACUAUCACUUCCUCAAACACAUUUGAAAAAAUUGGUUUGGGGUUAUGAUUCAAAGGUCAAAGCUUCAGAUUUGGUAUUCCCAACAACUUCCAACUAUCCACCUCAUCUUGAAACACUCAAUCUGGUCAACAUUGAAAAUGACUUUACAAUAGACAUACCACCAAUCACAAAAUAUCUAUCAAUCACUUUGGUCAAACCUAAACCACCAAAUAUCCCUUUAAUCUUUUCAAUCGGUUCAAGAAUAACCAAACCUCCUAUCAACCAACAACAACAACAACAACAAUGGUUAUCACCCAACACCACUCAUCUAACUUGCCACCUAAGUGAUGUCCCAAAGGGUGCAUUUAGAUUAGAUGAAAUAAUCAAUCACACCAAUGUUAGAUAUUUAUCUCUGGUUAUUGAAGAGAUCACUUUAAAAUUUUCAAUUCAAAGAUUAGACGCAGACAAUAGAAAUGUAUUGGUAUUGGAAAGACAAUCACUUCAAGGUGGCAUCAUCACUCGGCAACGAACAUCAAUCAACAAUCAUCAACAACAAUAUGAUCCCAUUUAUUUAUAUUUCGGUUGUACUCCAUUCUCUCCAUUUGCAUUAAAGUGGAGUUUUGGCAAAGAUAGUGCUAGAAUAUAA